AUGGCAUUACCAACAACAUCAACUCCCAAUACCACCUUGCCGCUCCUAUCACCUCUCACCUCUGACACUAAAGUGAUCUGUGAAUAUUCUUCGCUAAUCCUUGGAGAUACAAAGCCACCCACACUCCACUCGUCCCUUGCUGCAACUUCACACAUUGAGCAUGGGCCUAUCUUCCUUUCUCUGGAAGAGGAGCUUAGCGAAGCCGAGAAGCGCAUACAAAAGGCAAGCGUUCCCGAGAUUGUUAACAAGCUCGAGGUUUGCUCGAGUACUUCAGUUGCAACUCCAGAUCUUGCUGGCUUACUUUACCUCUGCGACGGGCAAGGGCCCGAGUUUUCGUUUGGUCGGCGAGAGGAGAAGACAAAGCUCGGAACCCAAAGGUUGCCGGAUGAAUUUUACUCAGCUAUCCUCACUAUGGGAGGGCUCCAGCAAGCAGAAAAGUUCUGGCAGACAAUCGCUCAUUCUCCGUCUGAUACUGCAGGCCAUGAUUCUUCGGGAUGUACUGAAUGA